GCUCACCCCACAGAUGAAAACUUGCCUAGCGGCAUUGUGUUGAUUCUAAGGGGAAGUUGGAGCUAAAACGUCGGUUUUUUUUAAUCCUAACGUGAUUGAAAUGAAAACGCCGACUGAUGGACGCCGCAUCUUCAGCACGUCUGAGCAGUAAAGCAGGAAGUGUUGGACAACAUCGGUGUUUCCGUGUGUCAGGAUUUCCCCAAACACAACUUCUGGCGCGUGCGCGCGCGCGCUCUUUAUCUUUCCCAUUCCGACAGUCAUUUUCAUGCUUCACCUGGUCUGCAUAUCACUUUACUACCUGCACUGUCGCUGCUGUUCGUUUAGGGAUCGCACGGAAUGUUGUGUUCAAACGAGAAAGAACCCGCAGCCUAAAUUUGACACUACUGUGAUGGUCUCGCGCUGAUCACAGCGUCACAGCUGGAGACGCUGAAGAGUGAAGCGAUUUGCAUAAAGACUCUUCCGCCCCUGCUGUUCACUUCUGCAUCGACUGCGAAGGUGGUGAUACGAUGCCACACACGGACAGCACAGGACCCGGCAUGCACCCCUGCUGACCCGUGCAAGAUGUGUCCUCGAAGCCCGUAACUAUUUGGAUAUAUUCAGUUUGGAUUUGCAUGGGCACUGAGGACGGGAUGUGACACCGUGCAGUUCGUGGAGGCGGAUCUUCUUCACACCGUGUAUUCAGUUCGCUAUGCUGGAGAGACUACACACGAUGUUCGCCUUCUCUCUGUGGAACUAUUACUGAUCAUUUAAGCUGAGGCCAGUCGUCAGGAUCAGACUCCUGCAACGCACUGGAUGCUUAUAUAUACACAUUAUAUUUAUAUAUCUCUCUAUAUUAACCUGCUUUUUUGUUUUUUCUCCUCUUUUUUUUUUUUGGAGGCUGCCUGUUUUUUUUGUGCACCUGGUUAGAAGGGAUGUCCCCAAAUCGGAAAUUCUUCAUCAAUUCACACUUUUAUUUUUAUCUUUGGGACUUGACUUAGGGAGUAACUGAGGUGUUGGUUGAGAGCAAGGCUUUUCUGUAAUUGUGUUUUUAUAGCUGAUCUUGUGCGCGCGAGCCCCAAUGGUGUUGUGACUGAUCCUGUGUCUGGCCUUUUGCUUUCUGCUGAAUUUAAGGCUACACUUUUUCUCCCCGACACUUUGGACGGCGGCUUUAUUUUGAUUUAAUUUGAUUUCACUAAGCCCUUUUUGUUUUACUGUGUGUGUGUAUGUGUGUGGGAGGAACUGAAAGCUGUUCGUCCAUCAUGUCUCAGUUGUCUGGGUUAGCGCUCGUGCUACGUGGACUGUUCAUCUGUGCGCUCGUGGGAUUAGAGCUGAUCUUCUCAGGAGCUUUGGCUGCUUCAGACACCACCAUUGUGUCACCUCCAGAUCCGUGCCUGAUUGUGAUCCCACCCUGCAUGAACGAAGAUGAUCGCUUCAGCCUCGAGGCAUUGCGGCAUAUCCACAAGCAACUGGACGACGACAACGACGGUGGCAUCGAAGUGAACGAGAGCGUGGAGUUCAUCAUUGAGGACAUGAAGCAGCAGCAAACAAACAAACACAGCAACCUGCACAGAGAGGACCAGCACAUCACUGUGGAGGAGCUGUGGAAAGGAUGGAAGACGUCUGAAGUUCAUAACUGGACGAUAGACGACGCAGUCCAGUGGCUGAAGGAAUCUGUGGAGCUUCCACAGUACGAAACAAACUUCAGAGAGUUCAGAGUUAAUGGCAAUACGCUACCUCGGAUAGCGGCUAAUGAACCGUCAUUUAUGUCAUUACAACUAAAGAUAUUAGAUCAACGACAUAAACAGAAAUUAAAUUUGAAGGCGCUGGAUGCUGUGCUGUUUGGACCACCGUUGCGGCCACAGCAUAAUUGGUUAAAAGACUUCGUCCUCAUGGUGUCCAUCAUCAUUGGGGUCGGAGGCUGCUGGUUCGCCUAUGUGCAGAACAAGUCCUCCAAAAUCCACGUCGCCCGCAUGAUGAAGGAUCUGGAGAGCCUGCAGAGUGCUGAACAGAGCCUGAUGGAGCUGCAGAGCAGACUAGAGAAAGCACAAGAGGAGAAUCGCACAGUGGCUGUGGAGAAGCAGAACCUGGAGCAGAAGAUGCGAGACGAGAUCAACGGUGCAAAGAAGGAAGCUUACCGCCUGCGAGAGCUCCGCGAGGGAGCCGAGUGCGAACUCAGCCGACUCAAAUAUGCCGAAGAGGAACUGGUGCAGGUGCGUGUGGCUUUAAAGCGAGCAGAGAAAGAGUUACAGUCAGAGAGAUCAGUUCCUGAAGCCUUACAGAUGUGGCUGCAGCUCACACAUGAGGUGGAGGUCCAGUACUACAAUAUAAAAAAACAGAAUGCAGAGCUACAGCUCAAUGUUGCCAAGGAAGAGGCAGAGAAGAUUAAAAAGAAGAGAGGUUCUGUCUUUGGUACUCUCCAUGUAGCUCACAGUUCAUCACUGGAUGAGGUUGAUCAUAAAAUACUUGAAGCCAAGAAGGCCCUGUCUGAGGUGACAGCGUGUCUGCGUGAGCGUCUUCAUCGCUGGCAGCAGAUUGAAAGACUUUGUGGGUUUCCUGUGGUGCAGAACUCGGGUCUGCCAAGCUUGAGUGCAUCUCUCUACUCAGAGCACAGCUGGGUGGUGAUGCCACGUAUGUCACUUCCUCCCUACCCCAUUGCAGGGGGAGUGGAUGAUGUGGAUGAGGACACGCCCCCCAUCGUCCCACAGUUUAACUCUCCACUGGCUCGUCCUCCUCUGCUGCGUAACAGCAGUUUGUGUCGUUCUCGACGGAGUCUCAUUUCUCACCAAGCUUCUAUUGUCUCAGCUGAUCCUGACCUGCUGUCUAUGGCCUCAGUGCCGGGCAUCUACAGACCAGAGCCAGAAGACGAACACAUUUUUUUCACUGUCGACACAAAAAGAGACUCUCAGGACACAUGUUCAGAUUCAGACUCUCUGAGUUCCUCCGUUGGAAGGAAGCAGAUGUCCAGCUCCUGCACUCAAGGUUCAGAAACACCACAGCGGAAGAUCUCCCGUGAUGAACUCCUCUUGUUGGCUCAGGAAGCACAAGCCACUGCCUUGGAAGCCACCAUCUCAUCACUUCCAGCUUCAUCUUACAUUGAUACCACCUCAAUCCACAAGGACUCGCCUGACCUCACUCGUUCUUCUGCUAUCCCAGAAUCCCAGAGUUUGACCUUUCACCCUGCCACUAAGGUGGCAGCUUAUAACGGCAUGCUGGAGAAGUCAUACAGCUUGGGCCAGUUGCCUGCUGGCGGGACGCCCCCAGAGGGACGUUACACCUCCCUAAGCUCUCUAGACAUGGAGGGAAAGACAAGCAAAGAGGCCAAACAGCUCCUGUCUUCCUCCAGUCCCCCAGACUCCUGCGACAACCCUGAGAAAAAGCGCUCAAAAAUCAAAAGCUUAUUCAAGAAGAGCAAAAAGCAAUGAAGGAAAGGAGAGUAAAAUCAGAUGAAGACAGAAAAUAGCCUUAAACAAUUAAAUAAACAAAUUGACUUUCAACCAGAUCCCAAAAUGUUUAGUUUCCUUUCUUUUUUUUUUUUUAAUAUAUUUUAUUUUUAUUAAAACAGAAUGUAGCUCCGGCUAGGUGCUAUCCUGGGUUGGAAGCCUUUAUAAUCCAGUCGGACUGGUAUGUUGUCACUCAAACAUUACAAAUGGUCAAAAGUCAGGGGACUUUUUUAUUUUUAUUUUUUAUUUUGUUUUUAAACUAAAGAAUUGUGCACUUCUUUCUGGUUUUAGGGUUGACUGUCAAGAGUUGGAUCAUCAUAAAGCACCAAAAAAAAUAAAAAUAAAAUUUAGCUAACAAACGAUGUAAUAAAAGAUAUUCAAGAAUAACAUACUUUAUAAGAAAUACAUGAUCUCUUCCAUAACAUACGGAUAACUGUUCAUUUAAAAAGAUUGUCUGUGUAAGUAAUAAACCAAUAAAAGUCCUACUUUGCAAAUUUAGUCCCAUUUCAAAAGUGAUAACGACGCGAAAAUGAAAAUGCUGUAUACGAUAUACAGGGCGUUGUAUAAGUAUUUACCUUCCUUGAUCUUUUCCAUUUUCUAGUAUAACUUGAUACUGCCAUGAAUAUUUGGAAUAUAUGUCAUAAAUCUACACAAAAUAGCCAUAAUAUUGACAUUACAUUAGUAUUUUUCACUGUUGCUGUGAAACAUGUAAAUCAGUUCUAGUGUAGUUGCUAUCAGAAAGCACAUCAUUAGUUUAGUGGAGUCAAAUACAAGCUGUGUUCAGUUCAUGUGUUGUUUGUACUCAAUAUAAACACCCCUGUUUAAGAAGGACCCAGUGAGAGGAAUAGUAUCAGGAUUUAGAUAGACAUAUCCCAAACUUUGAACAACCCAAAUAGUAUCAUGAAAAAACGUUAUUAAAAAUGGAAGGCUAUUAGAGGGAGAAGCAACCAAGAGGCCAAAGGCAACUCUCAACAUGAUGCUCCCAUCACCAUGCUUCUCUGUGUGGAUGGUGUUCUCAGUUUUGGGUUUCCUCUAAACACAGCACUGGAAAUAAAAAAGAUUUUAGUCCCCAACUUUUAGUCUUUUGGCAAACUCUUAGCCGCAUUUUGGGGGGAUUUCUAGAAUAUGGUUUUACUCGGCGUUUUGGUAGAUUCUCUGAUUAAUGCCUUCCUUUACUAUGUGCUGACAUUUGGUAAAUGAUCUUUAGGCAAAAUCUAAUUUGUUCCCAAUUCUUCCCGUUAUUUAAAUAAUGGAUAUACAAUUGUUUUGCAGGAUUCUCAGCUAUUUGAGAUCUCUUUUAAUUACCCUGACUGAUAAGUUCCCAGAAUGUUUCCCAGACAUGUUUUAUUAGCUUGUGUUUUUUUUUAAUGCUGUUUGUUUAAGUUUCUGCCUUACUGAAUCUGAUGCCUUCCAGGAACAGGUGUAGUUAAAUUGCUAUCAUAUGAUCAUAUAAUUGCACACAGCUGAGCUAAUUAUGUGCCUUCUAAAGGUAACUGGUUUCACCACAACUAAUAUUCACUAGAACUAAUUUCACAGCAACAGAGUGUCAUCACAACACUUGUAAAUACUUCCAGAGAUUAUAUAAACAUUCGCCUCCGCUUGAACAGUACAGGCUUUUUUUGUAUAGAUUUUCUGCAUAUAAUCCCAAUAAAGCUCAUUUGAGUUCUAGGUUGUAACGAGGAGGGUGAAUACUUAUGCAAGGUAAUUUAUGCUCCACUGUCAUUAAUCUUGGUGCCUUUUGCCUAUCCACCUCAACAAUGUCAACUUCUUUCUUAAUUGGUGGAUAAAUAAUGAUGAACAUAAAGAAUUUUUUUUUUUGUUAUUUUUUUUGCUUUUGGAUCAUAAAAGUGAUCACUUUGGCUUUAGAGUUCUGGAGGUGAAAACAAAAAGAGCCUAUAAUUGUGAAGAUGUAGGGUUGAAUGUGGGCUUUCAGCUCUAUGUCAUUUCCUGUUUACUGAUGUCUCACAGCCCCUGUACUUGACUAGUUACCUUUAAGGUAAGAAAAAAGGUAAGACAGAGGUAGCAUUUAUUGUCAAGCAGACAGACAGUCAUAAUGCCUGAAUAAUACAGUCGCGAGCACGAUGAGCACGGCUCUGAAGUAAUAUUUAAGCAAAUAAAACUGAAGGUCUUUUUGAUUUACACCAAAUGACCUUUAUAACAGCAUGCAUAAGCUGUAUAACUAUGUUAUAAGGGCAUAAUGACUGCUGUAGAUCAAGUGCUACCAAAAUCCUGCUAAAGGUUGUUGCACUACUGCUUUCCUGAAAUGGAAAGGGCUGCUUUUUUUCUUUUUCUUUUUUUCAGAGUAACAGUACAUUUAGAUACAUAGAAGAGAAGCGCGCAAAAAAAAAAAGUAAUAAAUUGAGGGAGGCCAAAAUGAUUUGAUGCAUUUCAUGCUUCUUAGUUUAUCUACUCUUCAGUGCAUACUUUUUUCCCAUGACAAUGAUGCUCAGAUAGAUUUUUUCUGAACUGUCGAACGUGCAUUUGUAAUGUGUGGAAGGACUCUGUAUUUUAUAUAUGCAUAUGCAAAUUUUAACAACCCAUUAAUAACACCUAUUCCUUGAAUGCUCUGUUUCAAGGGCCUAACCAUCACUGUGAUCACAAUCCUCAUCCUCACGCACUGUAACUCAUAGCCUAGCACUUAUGUUAUUUUGACAAACAUUGUCACAGGCUAUUAUUUUACUGUUAUUUAUAAAGUGUCUCAUGUGUGAGAGUCUGAGUCAUCCUGAAGCCAUCACUUAACCAUGGACAAUGUACAACAAUGUUGGAAAACUAAACACCUAUUUAUCAUGAAUGUGCAUCUGGCUAAGGGCAUCACAAUGGGGAAUGUCUAUGGUGUGUAUGCCUUUACAUUAGUUAAACUGUUUUAAAUGUAAGAGGAAACGGGGCUCAGUAGGUAUGAUCAUAGUGAACUAUUUCUGAUUUCAGAUGAAUAAAAAAAUUUAUAAGCCA